GUAAUUAUUUGUAAAAUGGCGGUCAUCUUGCGAGUACUCGCGAGAAGUUGGCAUACUGCGGCUAAUUUCACUCGCAUGUACCCGCAAAGGUAUCACGUGACGUCUAUUCGCUGGAUGAAUUUGCAGCUUAAGGGUUUCCUUUGAAAAGCAAAUUUCGCGCGAUCCGAGGCAAGGUCAGUGCAUUUAGGGAGCCUUAAUCGGUAGUGAGGGUAAUGACGUGUGCUCGAGCACACGGCUCACGGUGUUUAGCACUUUAUCUAUCUCCUCGAAGUUAUUAAUGAUACUAGCUGAGUCAGAUGCCGUGGCGAAGUGCGGCAUCUUCACAGUUUAAUAUCCGACAAAUCGAGUCACUCGGCCGGCUAUACGCAGACCACCGCCACCGCCGCUCUUCUAACCGCGUGUUAGCUGGCAUCGAGUAGUACACUCGUGACGCCAAAGUCGGGCCAUUUCGCAACCAAUAUCCUUCACCCUGGACGGAGAAUCUAGCGUCGGAACGAGAGCGAACGCUUUCAUUUCGCACGAGCACAGCGGACAAGUGGCUCGAAUAUAAAACGAGGAGCCGCUGAGAAAUUCUCGCGGCAGGAUCGAACGCUCGGGUCACCUCGAGUUCCUCCUUCGCCCAUUCGUCAUCUUCAAACGUAGACAGACACGUCUAUUGAAAAUUUAAUCUGAUCUGUUUUUAUUUCAACAAUUCGGAUUUACCAAAUUAUUUUAUAAAAUAAAAUAUUUGGAAGAGUGAACUGGGAACUUAAUUUCAGUUUGCAUUUAUUAAUUAAAUGUCACAGCAUCCAUUUUGUUAUCAACACUUUUUAUGCUUUUGCGUAUUGAGCGCAUUAAUUAUAGUUCAGUAUGCUUAUGUCUUUUAUAAAUGCAUAAAAGUCCGCAGUUUAGUAUAGUUCAUAAUUAUCUUGUUCUCGUAUCGUGAAUAAAGUCAAAACAAUAUGAAACGUUAAUUAUUCAUUAUUAUUUCUAUGCGUAUCUCACAUCUGAAUUUAUCUAGGAAACAAUCGGAAGUGAGAUGAAUUUUUUAUGAAACGUCGCACGUGUUCAUAUCGUGCGUCCUCAAAAACGAGGUAUUGACGUUAGAAUACCGUCGCGCUUUCCGGUGCCAGGUCGCAUUUUUCUGGUAUAAUGAAUUCCUGAAUUUUCGGAACAUGAGUCGAAAGAAGAAAACCGGAAGUUCUAAGAACGUUCAGCGAAAAUUGAGAACAAGAUGUGUUAAUAAGUUCGUAAUGCAAGUUUUUGAGUUCUUACGCGAGACUGGCCUUCAUGGUUGUAAGUACAUUUCCGAAAGUCAUCGCCCAAUGAUAGAAAGAGCCGCAUGGGCGAUAAUCGUGGUCGCAUCCGUGUUGACCGCGCUCGGUAUGCUGAAAGUUGCUGCCGAGUAUUACACCCGAUAUUCCUUCCUCUCGGUGAUCGAAUCGACCCAUCAUGGAAUAUGGAAUUACCCGUUUCCAGCGGUCACGGUCUGCGAUUUCAAUCGCGUAUCCCUCAAAUUGUCGCAGGAGUUCGUCAAUAAUUUAACACUUCCGCCGUCCAUCUCGAAGGAGUUCGUGGUGCAGGAGAUGAAGCUGCUGUACGAAUUACUGUAUCCCGGAAAAUUUGGGUCACAGGCUCGGAACAAUCUCUCCCAAUUGCAGACCAUCUUCGACAUGAACGAACUCUCGAUACCAACGGUCGUGAACGCCGUCUCGCGGAAUUGUCAAAGUUUACUGGCAUCGUGCAAAUGGAGGUCGAAAGAGAAGGAUUGCAGUAGGUUGUUUCGGCCGAGUUUGACCCGCGAUGGAAUCUGCUGUAGCUUUAAUUACAUCACGUAUGACGUGAUCAAGGAACAACCGAACAUAAAACCACUUAAUAUGAUUUCCUGUGGGUAUCAAAGUGGACUUAACAUCUGUUAAAUCUCGAUCCUCCUGUUAAAUCUCGAUCCUGCCGAUUAUCACGCAAGUAACAUGGAUACAAUUGGAAUGAAGAUAAUGCUUCACGAUCCUUACAACUACCCUGAUCACGAUACACCUAGCAAAUUAGUAGACAUGAACAAAUACUCGUUUUUGACUGUUCAACCGACGGUGAUUUCAGCGGCGGAUAUAAGAGGAGCACGAGGCAAGAAUUGCGUGUUUUACAACGAAACAGAUAAAAUUUUAACUAAUAACCCAAAGUGGAUAUUUGAUACCGCCAGAUACUCAACAAUAAAUUGUUUGACGAACUGUCGAGCGACUACCAUUUUGAAGAAAUGCGGCUGCGUCCCAUAUUACUAUUCGCAAAACGACGUCCGAGUUAGAAUAUGCAAUUUGAGAGACAGUGAAUGCCUCGAAACGUACAGAUUCUGGUACGAGACCUCUUUACCAGGCGUGGAUAUGUCAGCGAGAGUUUUAUCAUAUAUAGAUUGGGACACUAAGAAAACUCCUUGCAAUUGCCCACCCGAUUGCGAGUUUUAUAGUUAUUUCGCGGAAAACUCGGCUGGCGAUUUAGAUAAGCGCAUUUAUCACGACGGUCUCACGUACACAAUGAAUCCCAAAAAAGGUAAAACUUGGCAAAAUCAAAGUAUAGCGCACGUAUUCUUCGGCGAUCUGGUGUCCAUCAAAUAUCGCCGAAACGUGCGUUACAACUGGCGUCACAAUUUCGCAACGUUCGGAGGCCUCUUAGGAGUGUUCGCCGGCAUCAAUUUCCUGACCAUGUUCGAGAUUAUUUAUUUCUGUAUCAUCCGAAUUAUAACAGACGCGUGUAAAAAGUGAACAAGCGCGUAGAGUGAAAAUAAUAGUUAUAAAAAUAACUUUAUUCAACUUACAUCAUUUAUAUAAAAAUUUAUGUGUAACACGAUCUU